CGGCGCCCAACGGUCAGACCGAUGCUUUAAAAGCGCUCUCCACUCCGGAUAUGGCGAGCAUUACCGUGAGCCACGUCCCUGCAACAGCUCUCCCAGUGCCACUUGUCGUCAGACCCGAAUAUAUAACAGAAAGCAUGAAGUCAAUGGUGACACUGGUCUGCAUGGCUGCCCUUGCUGCCGUGGUGUCGGCAGGAUUUUAUGGUGGAUACGGUGGUUACGGUGGAUAUGGAGGAGGAUAUGGCGGCGGCUACGGCGGCUAUGGUGGCUACGGCGGCGGCUACGGAUACCACCCUGUAGGCCGCGUCUUUGCGUACUCGACGCAUAUUCAUCACCCAUCGUACGGUUACGGCCAUGGGGGUUAUGGUCACGGCGGUUAUGGUGGCUAUGGUGGAUACGGUUACGGACAUGGCUACGGCCAUGGAUAUCAUGGUUGAGGCAGGAACUGUGCACACUAUCCAUGUGAAGAUGACUUGUGCAACGCUCACGGAGGGUUUCAAGUCUUCAGGAUGACGUUGUCACCAAAUUAAGAUACUUUAGUGGAUGGACAGUGUUUCUGCUGGCCCAUCUUCAAGUAAGGAUGGUGGAAAACAGUGAUCUGUAAAUAAAAGCGUACGCAUGUUUCCUUUC